AUGUCCCUGGUGCAGCAUCUGACGGUGGAGGAUGUGUUUGAGUGCGACAUUGCCGCCGACGACGACAGCGUCGAUGACGCCGACAAUCACCAGCCGCGCGCGUCGUGGCGGCGCAUGAGUUUUGAUGCGUUUGCGCCGGUGCGGCCGCACUUUGACCUCGCCGAGGACAAGCAGCACCGCGAGGCCGCCUACAAGGCGUCGACUCUGCGGCGUAUCCUCCAGGUCUCGCUGGCCGUGACCUUUUGCUUCCUCGCAUCAGGCAUCGUGUUUGGCUUCGCCUCGAUCAAGCCGAUUCUCGUGGCCGAAGGCGUCUACAGCGAGUUUUGUACCAACACCGCGGGUCGGCGACACCGCGGGCAGCACCCACCAUGCGCGGAGCAAGAGAUGCGACUGAAUUUACUCUUUGUCGUCGCCUCGGUUACAACCAACACAUCGAGCCUAUUCGCCGGCUACACGCUCGACCGCUUCGGUCGGCGGUGGUGCGCCACGGCCGCCGCCGGCUUCCUCGCCAUGGGUGCGCUGCUGAUGGCCUCGCACGGCGUCGUACCGCCCCAGCUCGACGGCUACCUGCUCGGACACGUCUUUCUCAGCCUCGGCGGCACUUUUCUCUUCCUACCAAGCUUCCAGCUCUCCAACGCAUUUCCGCAGCACGCCGGGCUUGUCGUGGCGCUCAUCACCUGCGCCUUUGACGCCUCGUCGGCCGUCUUUUACCUGUACCGGCUCGUCUGGGACGCCACCGGGCUGCGGCUCUCGCCAUUUUUUCUCGGGUACCUCGGCGUCCCCGCCGCUAUUGUCCUCGCUGAAUGGACCGUCAUGCCCAAGCAGCGCUACCACACCCUGCCCGAGCUCGAGUGGAAGAUAACCACGGUGCAGGAGGAAGACGAUGUGGACGACUCCUCGGAUGAGGAGAUUUCCGACACGCACUCGCUGCUGCGCGUGCGCAGCGACCGCGCGGAGCAGAGACGUGACAAGCUCGACCGCAUCGAGGAGCUUGCUGGGGAUGCCGCCGCGCGCCGCGAUCGUUUGCGGCAGCAGGACGCCGCGCGGCAGCAGCCGAGCGACGCCGUUUGGGGCUUGCUGCACGGGCGGCCGGUGCGGGCACAGAUGGCGACGCCGUUCUUCGCACUUUUGCUCUGCGUGACGGCGUUUCAGAUGCUGCGGAUGAACUUUUUUAUUGCCACGAUUGGCUCGCAGUACCGGUACAUGCUCGGGGCGGACGGCGAGGCGCGGGUUGCGGGCUUCUUCAACGCGGCGCUGCCAGUCGGCGGCGUGGCGGCGACGCCGCUCAUUGCGCUGCUGCUGAAUCGAUGCAGCGUCGCGACGGUGCUGGCUGUCAUGACGGCGUAUGUGGCGCUGAUGGGCGUGCUCAACUGCUUCGCAUCGGUGGCGGCGGGCAUGGCGACGGUGGUGGUAUUUGUGACGUUUCGGCCGUUUUACUACUCUGCCGUUUCGUAUACUGCCUCCAAGAUCUUUGGGUUCGCCACGUUUGGUCGAGUAUACGGGACGGUGAUUUGCGUGUCGGGUGUCUUGAACCUUGUUCAGCCCGCGCUGGAAAGCUGGCUGAGCGUGCAACUGCAGGGGAACCCGCUGGUGUUGAAUAUUGCGCUGGGCAUUGUUGGCACCGUCCUGGCGGCAAUGUUUACUGCCUAUGUCAAAUGGCAAAGUGUCCCGAAGCGCAGGAAUGUGGUCGAUUCAAACGGCCAUUCCAACCGAGGGGCGCUAUGGGCGAUUCGCGCGGCUGAAUAUCCAGGGACGCCAGGUUGUGCCAUGUCCAACAGCAGCUCUCACAGCGACGAGUACCGUCCGGCGAUGCGGUGUCCAGAACUCGGUCUUGUUCCGCAGGUCAGGAUGUGGGUGCAGAGGAAUAUGCGUACGCCGGAAAUCUCCCGCCAACCCUCCUUUAUCGAGUUACAUUCACACUCUGGCGCCAUGGUUAGGCAGGGCGGCUGGGAGGGUACGCGCGCGCCUGAGGGCGGAGCGGCAAGGAACAAAGAAGAAGUGUAA